UCUGGCGCACACACAGCAAGAAAGCAAACACGCUUCAGUCGAUGGGAAGCGCAUAACUUUUUUGGCGAAGUCUUUAAAUUGAAAAAUAGAGAUUUGAACCUGGUCUCCAAAGCACCUGUCUGACCCAUGUUUUGACAGCCGAACGGUUUCUGAGUCUGAACAUCCCAAGGAUGGAACCGAUCUAGGACAGCGGUGUUUCCCCUAGAAUAACGUAAAUAUAGCUAUUAUCAUUAAAUAUCCAUUUUUUUAAUUUGGAAAUUAAAGUGAACUUUUUCAAUUUCAUCAGAUGCGUAAUUUUUUAUUUUACAAGGAAAGUCCGUUAAGAACAAGUUAUUAUUUUCAAUAACGGCCUAGGAACAGUGGGUUAACAGCCUUGUUCAGGGGAAGAACGACAGAUUUUUACCUUGUCAACUCGGGGAUUAGAUUUUACAACCUUUCGGUUUCUAGUACAACGUUCUAACCACUGGGCUACCUGCCGCUCAAUGCAAUGCUUGUUCAUUAAUAGCCUUAUAGUGCAUCAAGAAAAACGGAACUCACACUUCUAUUGGAAACAUAGCUCGUGGAAUUACACUCAAGAAUGUCACACAGCUCCUACACCAGGAUGUGGGUCCAGGCCCAUGGAGCCUUGGAGGACCUCCUGGUGGAUGAGCACCCUCCCACUGCCCCUCGGCCGCUGAAGGACCGGCUGCAGGUCUUCCAGGGCCUGGCCACCUUCUACCUGAAGUACCUGCAGAUCUUCCGCAGCCUGGAGGCUGUCUACGACCAGAUAGUUCACCCCCAGAAGAGACGCAUGGUCAGGCACAUGUUGGACGGUGUGAUGGGUAGAAUCCUGGAGCUCAAGAAUGAGAUGGUGGAGCUGGAGUUCUCAGAGUUCCACUACUUUGAUGAUGUGCUGCAGGACCUCAAGCUGACACCUGAGGACCUGGAGGUGCCCAUCCCUCAGUAUUUUGUGAGAGAGAAGAUGCGUGUGCUGUGGGACAGAGAGAAGAUGCUGGCUCAUGUCAUGGCUAAAGGGGGACACAUUGAACAGGUUGAGCAGGAGGUGUCGGUUCAGACCAUGUGUCUGGAGGAAGCUGUUCGGGUCCUUCAGGUUUGUGAGCGGGCACGGCAGGGUCGGCUCAGGCAUCGCUUCAUGAAGGAGAUACGGCAGGCUGAGGAAGAGGGGGGCCAGGCCAAGAGCCAAACACCCAUCAGCACCCUGGACCCCGACCAGGCUGCCACAUGCAUUCAGAAGGUUUGGCGGGGCUACAGUCAGAGGAAGAGGACCAGGAGAGAACGGUUGGAGGAGAUGAUAUUUCUGGGAAUGGUCCCUCCAGAGCAGCAGCAGCAGAGGCCCAGCGUGGCCCAGCUGAAGGCCCAGCAGGUGGAGACGACUCGCAGGCUGGUCCAGGAGGAGAAUGAGGCUGAGUACCAGAGGGCCCUGGUCAGCAUCAAGGAGUCUGUGCGUGCCGUGGACGGCCCUGACCUACGGGAAACCCUGCAGGAGCAGAUCAGACAGUGGUUUAUUGAGUGCCGAGAUGCCACUGGAAAGUUUCCUGACUUCCCCACUGCUGAGGAUGGGGGAUCAACAGCCAUAUUUGCACAGAAGACACCUGACCAGGUCGCUGCAGAAUUAGCAGCGAAAGAGGAAGAGAAGGAGAAGAAGAGGAAAGACAACAUAAAUAAAGAUAAGAAGGGUGGGAAGGACCGCAAGGAUCAGAAGAAAGACAAGAAGCGGAGAAGCAAACAGAAGAAAGGAGGAAAAGAAGAAGGAGAGACGUGUGGCAGGGGCGUGAUGAAACACAGAACUUCCUGCAGCGGUUUGAUGCCCAGCUGGUGCGUGAGGAGAAGAGGUUGGAGGUGGAGGAGGAGGUCAGAGUUCAGGUCGAUGAGCUGAUGAGACAGGAAGUGAAGAAUCUGAAACUGGCUGUGGACCGAGAGAAAGGGAAGAAGAAGAAGAAGGGAAAGAAAGGUGGCAAGAAGG